AUGGAGCAGAACAUUUUCGAUGUAUCGGAUGACAUUUCGUUCCCGUGGCUGCCGGCGUACGCCGAGGCAACGGAGGCGAACGGGGGCGGUACCACCAACGGCACCACCACCAGCAGCCGCAUGCUGGAGACCAUCGUCGAGGAAACGUCCGACGACGACGAUGGCCGCGGCGAUAAGGAUCACCGGCGGCGUGGCUCGGCAGAGGAAGAGGCGCAGCCGCAGCAGCCCCUCAGUUGGUCGCAGUACGAACACGUCUGGAGUUCCGGUGGUUCCGACGCGGAGUCGGUGAUCCGCGUGGAAACACCUUCCGACCAAGACACAAUGUCGGAGCGCGACUUCAUCUGCCCGCCGAAGCGUCGGAAGCAGGAGACGUUCGGUGACGAGUUCCUUUCUUCCGAGCUGUCCAUCUACGGCCGCCGACCACCGCCGCGCAUCUGCGAACCUGACGGGCUGCUGGAACCGAAUGAAUAUUUCAUGAAGCGACACAAUGAACAAAGGUUACGAUUCGACGAGAUUGGCCACGAUCUAUUUACGGACUCGGAUAGCCUGUCGUACGCGUCGCUGAGUCGCUCCUCGUCGCUGAUACAGUUCGAGUCGUUGGAACGUCAGCUGCAGAGCGAGACAGCCGCACACCAGCACCCGCUGUCCGGGUCUUCGCCGUCACUCUACUCGACGAACGAGCCGGCAGCUGCCGGUUCGAUCACCGGUGCUGCGGAUGCUGCCGGCGUAACGCCGGGAACCAGGGGACCAAAGGCUACCGGAACCCUGAACCGCCUGACGACUUCGAACCUGAUUCAGAAGUCCAUCGGCCAGACGGCACUGAACAUUAGCGAUUCGGAGCUGUACUCGACGUCCUCCAGUGUUAGUAGCAGCUCCAGCAGUGGCAGUAGCAGCACCGGAAGUAGCGGCUACCGGUACGGUGGCGCGAGUGAUGAGUGUGCAGGACUCCGGCAGACAGCCGAAAGUGACCGAUCACCGGACGGUGACACGGAGGAGGAACUGCUGAGUGCGACCGUACGCUGCUGUAGCUCCCAGCGCUGCUCCCAGCGCUGGCCGCGAUCCGGUUCGACGUCCCGCAACAAGAACUCGAUCGAGAGCCUCAGCGAGGACAGUGGCUACUGCGACCACCUGGGGCUGGUGGCGAACGGGGGAGUACUGCGCGUGAGAUCCAAAAGCCUAACCAACUUCGGGUCGGCCGAAAACCUGAGCUUCCUGUGCGGGGGGCAGACACUUCCACCGGCCACGCUACUCCCGGCGACGAUGGCGAUGCAGCAGCAGCAACCACUCAGCAUGGAUUACAUCGGAGGUGCGGGGACGGAACCGGGCCGGAACCCGGCCCGCCUGUCGACGGUGUGUGACGUGGAGGACGAAGAGGACGAGUACGACGUCAGUUGCAUUUCCGCGACCCGAGCCACCGAAACAAUCGAGUGGCCUAGCGCCCAGGACGUCAGGCCGGCCGUUCGGUGGACGAACAUUAAUAAUGGUACAAAAAUAGAGCACGAUCCGUGUAAACAACGGUCCGAACAGGGGCCGUUUGUGGCCAUUACGACGCGGCUCACCCCACCGACACCGCCCAGCAGCCAAGGCGGGAGCUCAUCGUCCGAAGAAUCGCUAUCACCUCCACCGCCGGUGACAACGGCGGCGCUGAUGGCGUCGCGUUCGGCGGAGGUUAAAAAUAGCCCGGCCCGUGGCCGAGUCCGCCCCUCGUUCAGCGCCCCCGACCUCCUGGGCGGCGGACGAAGAUCACCGUCGUCGUCACCGUUCGCGAGCGGACCGCGGUCGGGCCGGUACGACCCGAUCAGUUUCACCGUGUCCAGCGUGCCGGAGUGUCUCAACCUGUACGGCUCCAAGUCGAAGCGUGGCGAUCGGACGCGGAUCGACUCCAGUGACGAGUCGGGGGGUGAACGCAGUUACUACGACACUUACGGAGGCGGUGCCGGUGCCUCGGUGGCCAGCAAAAACUUUGACCUCUACGAUCUGCAGCCCCAGGCGCCGGGCAAGUGCUCGAAAACGGUCACCUUCUGUGUGGGUGGUGCCCAGAGUGGUGUCCGGCCGAGGCAAAAUAUUCGCGCGAGUUACGCAAACCUGCUCGCGCUCAACUACAGUGACGAGGACGACGAGGACUACCGGGCCAGAGGGCCCCGGCACGAGUACUACUUGGCCCGCAACACGUUCCGCACGAGCAGCGGCACGAAGCUCGGUCGAGGAGCGGCCGCCACUCCUCCCACCCCGAGGCCACUGAGGCCAUUCGGGGGCGGCCCCACGGAAACGGCAAUGGAACGCGAGGACGAUGAGGACGAGGAGAGCCGCAUUUUCCCGGUCGAUCGCGAGGAGACGAACGUCUUCAACUCGCUGCUGGAGGAGAUCUCGGCCCACUUCGACCGGAACCUGUCGAUCAUCAACGACCAGGCGGAAGCGUACGAACCGAUCGCGGCCUUCCUGCUUGAGCAGCGCAAACCGCAAACGGUGGCCACACCGGCCACCACCACGCCCCCGCAGCCUCCGCCAAGGCGUACGCAGAUUAAAACGAACCCGCACGUUCCGGCCGUUCAGUCCCCGCCAAUCGCACCGCGCAUCACGACCCGCCGAACCUUCGACCAGGACCCAACCAAUCUGGUCACCUGUUACGCGGCCAGCCUCGAGCGGUGCCGCUUCGAUCCGACCGAGACUUCAACCGGCAACCUCUACGACAGCCGGUCGAGCGGAUUGAAUGGCCCGGCGGCAGCGUCAAGGUCCCUGGUGCCGGUGAAGCGCGAAUUCGUUGCCAGUACGCCAAAUUUGAACUACUGCUAUGGCGUCACCACCGAGCAGGGUGAUCAUCACAACUCGCUGAAGAACGUCGCAUCCUGUCGCUCGACCGCCAGCAUCCUGGCGUCCUCCAGUUCACGGUGUGGCCUCUCGAAGGGCGUCAGCUUCUGUCCGAUCGUAUCGGAAAUUAUCUGGAGCACCGGAUCAGUGUCGGGUGGUGAAUCGGAUGACAACGCGAGCAUCAUUUCGAGCUUGGAGCUCGAGGACGCAGUUUGCCAUUCGAGCAGUGACGUAGUAACGGCUGGAACGAUCGAGCGUAACGCGUCGCCGUUACCACACGACGAUCUGACAGCCGGCGCGAGUGAACACGAGCGCGAGCGAGACAACGCUACUAGCGAUCCGAUCAGCAACAGAUCAACAGCUAGGUUAGGUGAGCUAGGUUACAGCCUAGUCGAAAACAAAAUGAUCAGUGCCGAAAGUGGAUCUGUGAACGUGCCCGUGCCCAGUGACGCUGGUGGUGGUGGUGCAACGAUGACAUCAACAAUGUCGAAUGACGGCAUCGAAGAUCGCCAGCUGCGGCCUCCGAUGGCCGCCUCCGAUCCGUCGAAUCGCAAUGGUGGUGGUAUGGCAAGCCAAAGUUUGAUCGCCAGUGAAGCGACCGUUCCGCGAGAACCUUACCAACAACAGCAGCCGGGUGUCAAUAACAACAACCACCAGAACAACAACAACAGCAGCUUGAUUCGCAACUUCAAGAACGGCAAGGCGGAGAAGAAAGGCAAAACGUUCCUGUCGCGCCUCUCGUCCGGGUUCCGCUUCUCGUUCCGCAACAAGUCGAAAAAGAGUGCCCUCAAGGAGACGACCUUCGGUGUGACUCCGGUGGUGGCGCCGGCCAACGGGUCGUCCGGAUCGACCGCGCAGAACUACAACAACAAUCACAUCACGAAGAAGAAUAACGGUGCCACUGGUGGUGGUGGUGGCCGGUGGAACGACAGUGCAACGGCCGACUUCAUCUACAUCCCGCUGAAGGAUCCGUCCCGGCAGCAACGGGCAGAUGAAUCGGCGGUGCGCCAGAUGAACACGCUCGGGGUGACGGUCGACGACAGCUUCACCGGGGCCGAGGACGAACCGGACGAUUGCGAGAUCGCCGUAACUCGGCCACCCGGCAGCGGCUACUACCGGUCCGAUUCCAGCACGGCACUCAAUGGCAGCGACCGAAACCACGUGUUGAGCUCCAAGCCACCGCUCCCGAAGCUACCCCCGCGGGUCGUUGGUGUGUCCACGAAGCGGCAGCAGCAGCCAAGGAAUGGCACAUGCGCACCGAGGGACCACGAUGACACCAACGAGGACUCGCGGUCGUCGUCCUGCUACUACCGGAACCCGCCGACGACGACGCAGCUCCAUCAGUACGCGGCCAACGCGCUGGCCAACGGCGGUGUCGAUUCGGUCGACGGGACGGCAUUAGCUAGACGGGCGCACUACGACGAUAGCAGUGAGGGCGGUGGUGAGGGCGGCGCCUAUUACUACUACGACGACGGUGGCCGGUUCAACGCCACGAUGGGCAGCGAGCAGAAGAUCGGUCUCAUCGAGACCAACCUGGACACGCACGAGACCAUCAUCUCCGGCAAGACCCGCUCGCUGAUGGAACUCGGUGGCCCACACCACCACUACCGUCAGCAACACCACGGCCACCACGGACAUCCGGCGCACCACCAUCCCCAGCAGCCACAGCAGCAUCAUCAGGAUGUCGGACCAGCUACGGAGCCGAGCCGACCUCACAAGAGCAUGGAGUUCCUGCUGGACAAGGAGAACCAACGGAACGUUCUGCCUCCCGAGAACGAGCUGCAGAAAUCACACGAAACGGGCACCAACCUGAGCGAGCACCAGCUGCGAGUGCAAGCGUCCCUGCAGCGGCUGAACAUCCCCGACUGGUACAAGCAAUACUCCGGCAAGGAUGGGGUGGCGAACACGACCGCACCGCCCUCGACGACGGUAACGAGCACGGGAGCGGCCGCCGGCGGCCUUUUGCGAAAGCGCAACAGCGACGUCGGCCGCUGGACCGGGCUGAGCUCGAAGACCACUUCGCUCAGCUCGCUCGGAUCACACCGAUCGGACCGUAGUCCAGUGAUGCUGAGCCCCUCCGCACACAGUCACCACGGUCAGACCGGCUUUUCGCGGUGGUCGACGUCGCACUUGAACUCGAACCAAACGUCGCCGAGCGUUUCGACACGCGGCUCGUUUACCCGGGGCGGCCUGAAUGCGAGCGUCAUUUCCGGCUACUCAAACACCUCGACGACGGGCACCGGUGCCGGCCCCGCGGGCAGCACCGCAAUCCGCAACUCGUUCCGCCAGCCGUACCUUGGCUGGAGAAGCCAAGAAAAGUUGUCCCAACCGAGAACCCCAGCGGAAAGGCUCGCAUCGUCCUUGUUGCAGCAGCAGCAACAGCAGAGCAGCAGCAAACAAAAGGAACAGCAGCAACAGCAGGGCCGGAAACAGCAGCAGCAGCAUAAGGAUGAGUCCGUCGUGACACCGGAAAUCCAAUCAUCAAUCAUAGAGGUUACGUCAGCGAUUGUACAUUAUGUAAAUGACCAAACAAAUCGACACUCACGCAGUAGAUCCACUAGUCCAAGCCAAAGAUGUUGGCUAGAAAGUUCAUUUGUUGGUACCCGGCCCCUCGAUUCCCCGCAAACGCCGAUGAUCGAGAAUAGUUCCGUUCUAGGAUCAACCCACCAACAGCAGCAACAGCAAUCCCAGCAGACCGGCGGCGAUCACUAUCGGUUUAAUGCUGGCCGGAUGAAUGGCGUCGGGGGCACUAGCGCGGCGGUUCCGACGUUCUCGCUACCAACCGAGCACCAGUCGCCCGGAUCGGCCACGCUAGAGGAUGUGCUCGCCUCGUUGCUCGGUUUGCCGGCCGACCCAAACAGGUCCUCAGUGGUCAACAGUAGCGGUGGCAACCACACGCUGCAGAUCGAACCGCUGCAGACGCGGCGCCGCAGUGAGGGUGAUGCGGCCACGCGGAAACGCAACGACAGCGGUGGCUCGAUGGCCAUCAGCGGCAUCACCGCCACCGGAACUACCACCACCAACACCACGACGAUGACGUCCGGAGGCUCGGGAAGCAACCAGAGCGGCCAGCAGCAGCAGCAGGCAUCGAGGGAUCUCCUGAGCGCGGAUGUGGCAUCGCGGAUCGCUCGGCGCGUCUCGCUGGACUCGGCGGAGGCGGCCGGCCACCAGCAUGGGCACGGGCGCGGCCACGACUACCUCAAGUGCCGCUACCCGAAGUGCGACGCGUCGGCGACGCUGGCGGAGGCGCGCAAGACCUACAAGAGCUGCCACAACUGCUCCCAUCUGUACUGUUCGCGCGAGUGCCGGCGGGCGCACUGGGAGCGGCACCGGAAGGCUUGCCUGCACUCGCGGGUGUCCGCCCUGUGCCGGCUGGUGCUGUCCGCGUGCAAGGACGACGCGGACACGCUGCGCCACCUGAGCGCGCUGGCCCGGCGGGGCUACCUGUCGCAGGGGCGAGGUGUUGUUAGAAUCCUGUUCCGCAGCCCGGAGCGGGCCGACUCCUUCCUCAAGCAGGGCUUCCAGUGUCUGGGCGAGGUGUCGUACGUCCGCUGGCCGGACCUGCUGCCGGCCGAGAUGGGCCCGGAGCUGUACUCGGAGCUGCUGAAGCUCAGCACCGAGUACAAGCCCGACUCCAAGAUGCUGCUCUACGUGGCGAUCUGCGUGGUGUCGGAGGCGCCGGGCAGCGCGACGGCCCCGGUCAAGUGGGAGCGCCAGCUGGUGUCGCGCUGCGCCAAGCUCAAGCUCUGCCGCUCGGUCGUCGCGGCCGACGGGGCAGGCGGCCCCGGGAAGCUCCCGCAGGCUCCGGCGGCCGCCCCACCACGCAAGGACACCGUCGGUGACGUGCUGGUGCUCUCGUUUCAGAUCCUCGCCAAAACGACACCGAGGGCCCGGGAGCAGGUGUCGACCAACAUUCAGUCGAUCCUGCGCCAGCGGGGUGUGCAGCUGCGGAAACACUACCCGGAGGUGUACCAGCGGUUGGCCACCUUCGUCGAGGGGACCACCGACCGGUUUCUGCCGGUGACGUUGCAUCCGCGCGACUCCGUCACCGGCCGGUCGUUCGUCUGCAUCAUCAUGCCGAACUACGGUGAGGUCGCGGACCGGGUACAGUUUCCCGUGUCGGAAAACAGCGACGAUCGUGUGGUCACCAUCGACGUCGGUGCCGACCUGGGCGACGAUUUGACGAGCAAACUGUAA